GCUCCGUGGGUGCCGGGCGGGCGGGCAGUGCGGCAGUGCAGCCUCCGAGAGGAAGCGGGAGCAUCCCGCUCUUCCGGCUCCCUUCAUGGCCGGGCGCGGGGGAGCCGCAUCGCUCCGAGGGGCUUCCACCCUCCGGGCCUCCUCUCUCCCCAAAUGCACUCCCCGCCUCCCCUCCCCUCGCCCCUUUUUGUGCGAGCGCUUUCUCGGCCGAUUUUGCACGCUCCGCUGACUGCCGGCGCUUGCCGCCACCCGCGCGAGCUUUGCUGCCUCAUGAAGAUUUAUGGGACUGCAGUAAUAAACUGUGUUUGAGAGAUUCCUUUUGGAUGAUAAAGCCCCGCCGAGCCGCUGGCACGGGGCAUCCCAGCCCGAUCCCGCAGCCGCUCCCGCGGGGCAGCGCCUGCGGCAGCACCGGGGAGGUGUUUGGGGGCCUUUCCCAGCCCCGCCUCUCAGGGAGCUCCUGCCAACGCCGUUCCUGAAGAUUAUCACCUAACCCCCGGCUCCUGUGCCUCCGGUAUCCCUGUUUUUUCCGGGAAGGACACGAUGGAAGUGCCCUGCUAGCAGCCCGGGGCUCCGGCCCCGGCGCGGGUGACACCUCUGCUGGCAGGUGGGGACGAUGGGUGGAUGAAUCGGCAAAGAGAACCGCGUUCCCUCAACCUCCCGCUGCUCGGAGAGGGGCUGGCCAGGAUCUACCGCGGCAUUCUGGCCGUCGUGGGAGCCCUGCGCCCGGCCAAGGAGCCGCCCGCAGCCCCGGCGGAGCGGAGCGCUGCCCCCGCCAUCCCCCCGGAGCCGCUGCCCGGCCGCCGUGGGAGCCGCGCUGCGCCCGCGGAUCCCGACAGGACGAGCUCGCACAUGAUCUCCGCCGACGAUGCCGAGUACCCGCGGGAGUACCGCACCCUGGGCAACGGCACCCGGCGCUUCUCCAACGUGGGGCUGGUGCACACCUCGGAGCGCCGGCACACCGUGAUCGCCGCGCAGAGCCUGGAGGCGCUCACCGGCCUCCAGAAGACGGAGAUGGAGCGCAAGCGGGACGCCUUCAUGGACCACCUGAAGAGCAAAUACCCGCAGCACGCCCUGGCGCUGCGAGGGCAGCAGGAGCGCCUGCGGGACCAGACCAGGAGCUCCCGGCACUCCCAGGGCUCCCAGCCUGGCCUGGCCGACCAAGCCAAGCUCUCCUUCGCCUCGGCCGAAUCCCUGGAGACGAUGUCGGAAGCGGAGCUGCCGCUGGGAUUCAACAGGAUGAACCGGUUCCGGCAGAGCCUGCCCCUGUCCCGCUCCGCCAGCCAGACCAAGCUGCGCUCCCCAGGGGUGCUGUUCCUGCAGUUUGGGGAUGAGACGAGGAGGGUGCACAUCACGCACGAGAUCAGCAGCAUGGACACCCUGCACGCCCUCAUCGUCCACAUGUUCCCGCAGAAGCUCACCAUGGGCAUGCUCAAGUCCCCCAACACCGCCAUCCUCAUCAAGGACGAGUCCCGCAACGUCUUCUACGAGCUGGAGGACGUCCGAGACAUCCAGGACAGAAGCAUCAUUAAAAUCUACCGGAAAGAGCCGCUCUACGCCUCGUUCCCAGCCUCUCACAUCACCAACGGCGACCUCAGGCGGGAGAUGGUCUACACUUCCCGGGAAUCCUCUCCCACCCGCCGCCUCAACAACAUGUCCCCGGCUUCCCACCUGGCCUCCGGCUCCCCUCCGCCCGUGCUCCAGUCCUCGUCGCCAUCCCGCUCCCGCAUGUCCUACAGCGGCGGCCGCCCGCCCUCCUACGCCGGCAGCCCCGUCCACCACGGCGAGCGCCUGUCCAGCCUGCCCCCGGCCCAGGGCGUGUCCCCCAGCCCCAGCGCCAUCCUGGAGCGCCGCGACGUGAAGCCGGACGAGGACCUGGCGGGCAAGAACGUGGUGCUGGUGAAGAACGAGGGGCUCUACGCCGAUCCCUACGGGAUGGUGCACGAGGGGCGGCUCAGCAUCACCUCCACGCAGUCGCUGGCGGGCAUGGGGGACCCUUUUGGCUACUCGGGGGGGCUCUACAAGCGGGGCUCAGUGCGGUCACUCAGCACCUACUCGGCGGCCGCGCUGCAGACGGAGCUGGAGGACAGUUUGUACAAGCCCAACGCGCCCAUCUACAGCGACACGUACGGGCCCGGGCUGGGAUUCCGCAUGCCGCCGUCGUCCCCGCAGAAGAUGGUGGAGCCCGGGCAGAGCCCGCACAGCCCCUACUCGGGCCCGCCGAGCCGCUCGUCGCCCGUCCGCCAGUCGUUCCGCAAGGAUUCCUGCUCCUCCGUCUUCAUGGACAGCCCCGUGGGCAAAACGCGCAACCCCAGCUCGUCCGGGCCCCCCGAGCUGUUCCCCGGCCCCGGCGAGCGGCCGCUCUCGGGAUUUAGCUCGCCCGGGCCGGCCAAGGACACGGAGACGAGGGAGCGGAUGGAGGCCAUGGAGAAGCAGAUCGCCAGCCUGACGGGGCUGGUGCAGAGCGCGCUGCUCCGCGGCUCCGAGGCCGAGACCCCCAGUGAGAAGACAGAAGCCACCAACGGCGGGACCCCCCCGUCAGCGUCCACCAGCCGCAGUGGCAUGGGGACCCCGGUGCCCGCGCCGCCGCCGCCCUCGGCCACCAGCACCCCCGCGGGGCAGCCCACGGCCAUCACCCGCCUGCACAUGCAGCUGCACCUGCACGACCUGCAGCAGAACGCCAGCGACCUCCGCAACCAGCUGCAGCAGCUCAAGAAGCUGCAGCUGCAGAACCAGGAGACGGUGAAGACGCUGCUGCGGCGGACGGAGACGGAGAUCAGCGUGCGGGUGACGGACACGAUGCGCAAGCACGAGGACCCGCUGCAGCGCCAGCGCAGCUUGGUGGAGGAGGAGCGGCUCCGCUACCUCAACGAGGAGGAGCUGAUCACGCAGCAGCUCAACGACCUGGAGAAGUCCGUGGAGAAGAUCCAGAAGGAUCUGGCCCACAACCACCGGCUGAUCCCGGUGCAGGAGCUGGAGGAAAAGGCCGUGGUGCUCAAGCAGCUGGGGGAGACCCUGACGGACCUGAAGGCCCAGUUCCCCAGCCUGCAGAGCAAGAUGCGCGUGGUGCUGCGGGUGGAGGUGGAGGCCGUCAAGUUCCUCAAGGAGGAGCCCAACCGCCUCGAUGGGCUCCUCAAGCGCUGCAAGACCGUCACCGACACCCUGGCCCAGAUCCGCAGGCAAGUGGACGAGGGCGUGUGGAGCUCGCCCAGCAGCCUGAGCCAGUCGCCCAAGAAAGUGGCCCCGGAGACGGAUUUCAGCAAAGGGCUGGAGCUGGAGAUGCCCACCAGCCCCCCCGUGAGCCUGCACCACCUGACGGCCACCCCUGAGCCCCUGGGCGUGCCCAGCUUCGGGCACAGCCCCCCCCAGCCCCAGAGCCACCCCGGCAAGAGCAAUAACCCCAACCGAGCCCCGGAGAUGGUGCCCGCCAAGACGCAGACGGGGCCCGAGACCCCCAGCAAGAAGAGCGCGGACAAGGCGGUGUCCGUGGAGGCGGCCGAGCGGGACUGGGAGGAGAAGCGGGCGGCGCUCACCCAGUACAGUGCCAAGGACAUCAACCGGCUCCUGGAGGAGACCCAGGCCGAGCUCAUGAAGGCCAUCCCCGACCUGGAAUUCGCCGCCAAGCACAAACAAGCCCCGGGCAGCGGCAGCGCUGCCUCCACACCCGAGCACAAACCCUCCAAGCCACAGCACACCCCCAAAUCGGGGGGCAAAGGGGACCCCAACGGCCGCCGGGGCUCAGACGAGCUGACGGUGCCGCGGUACCGCACCGAGAAACCCUCGAAGUCGCCGCCGCCUCCCCCGCCCCGCCGGAGCUUCCCCUCGUCCCACGGGCUGACCACGACCCGCAGCGGUGAGGUCAUUGUCACCAGCAAGAAGGAGCCCGGCUUUAUGAAGAAGGCGGAGUCGGAGGAGCUGGAGACGCAGAAGCCGCAGGUGAAGCUGAGGCGGACGGUGUCCGAGGUGGUCAGGCCGGCGUCCACCCCGCCCAUCAUCGCCUCUGCCAUCAAGGACGACGAUGACGAGGACCGGAUCAUCGCGGAGCUGGAGGUGUUUCAGCGCAGCUCCGCCUCCCCUUUCCUCCCCACGCUCCGUUGUGACCCCCUCGAGGCCGUGUCCCCGGGCCACUCCGACCCGUGGCCCAACGGAGCCGCGGUGGCAGCCGAAGGAUGGAAGGAGCCGCUGGCGCUGGCAGCCCCGGCGAGCCGCGCCUUCUCCCUGCCCCAGAUCGUGCUCACCGAGUGGGUGUCGGAGCCGCCGUCCCCCGAAGCCGAGCCGGAGCUGUGGGUGGCACCGGGCAGCGCCGGAGCAGGAGGGCAGCUGCCACCCGAGGGGACAAGGAGAGGCCGUGUGGCGGCUCCUGGCAGCUCCCCAAAAUCCCCGCUGGCGCAGGGACCCCGUCCAGCCCCGCAGCCCCCCGGCAGCUCAUCCCGGGGGCUCCCUUCGGCAGCCAGCAAGGCCCCGCCUUUCCCGAGGGAUAAAACGGGGGGACAAGGAGGGGACGCGGCUCUGGACGCUGCCAGCAGGCCAGGAGGCAGCGGCAAGACUUGUCCCCAAGGUCCUGGGGCUGCGCAGCCUCCUCGGAGCCAGGCGGGAGGUGCCGGAGCUGCGGAGACCGCGCUCCCCUCCGUCGGUGCCGGGAUCAUUCCCCAAAUUCCCGGCGAUGCGGAAAGAGCCAGGCUUCCUCCUGGACACUCUGCCGGGGCUCCCAAAGCCGCGUGGAGAAAGGAGAGCUCGCCAGCCGCGGCCUGCCCGGUGCCACAUCCCGGGAUUCCCGCAGGCAGGGAUCCAGCCCUGCGGGGAGCGGCACAUUCCCGGGCGGAGCAGCCCCCGGAGCAGAUUCCUGCCCGCUCCAGCCACUCCGCGGCACCUCCGGGAUGGGAUGGAGGGGCUCCGGCUACUGCGGGGGACCCCGGAACGGGGGGGAGGGCAACAGAGGGGCUCUGCAGAGGCCACUUGUCCCCCGGGCGCCCCACGGCCCCGGGCAAAAAGGAGAUUUAUGAGGACACCUACCAAAGACUGGACAGCCUGGAGGAAACCAUCCGCGAGCUGGAAAUGACCAUCAGCGAGAUCAGCAGCCACCCCGCCGUGGAAUUCGUGUUCCCCAAGGACGCGCUGGCAUCCGAGGAGGCCGGGAAAAGCCUGGGGCAUCUCGGGCACGGAGGCUGUGACGGUGACACCGCGCUGGACCUCAGCCAGGCCAAGGAUGGCGCUCCCAAAAGUCCGUCCCCGAGCAGGACGAAGCCAGCGCUGCUCCCGAAGCCGCAGCUGCCCCCCGGCACGCCCCAGAGCGGUGGCGUCUCCAUCCCGGCCAUGAAGGUGGUGAAUCCGGCGUCGCGGCUGAAGCAGGGCCAGCAGGGCAGCCCCGACAAGGGCAAGCACAUCAAGCAGCGCAUGGAGUACAUGCGGAUCCAGGGCCAGCAGCAGAGCUCUCAGAGCUUCCCCCCACCAGCGUCCAGCCAGGAGCAGCUUCCAGCUCCCGCCGCGCGGAAAUUCGGGAAGCAGCGGCCGCCGAAGACACCCCCGGAGCGGCCCCCGAGGGGCCCGGGAGUCCCCGCGUUGUCCCCGCAGGAGGAGAGGACAGCUCCGGCCAGGGCUCGCCGGUGGGUGGCCGGCGACGCCGAGGGCUCGGGGCCAUCCCGGAUCGCUGCCACCGCGGCCACCACGCCCGGCUCACCUCGAGGGGGGCAAGCGGGACCCCGGGAGUGCCGGAGGGGCCGCAGGGCGCGGGUGUGAAUUGGGGAGGGGGAUCCGAGCACUUGGGGCGGGGGCAGACCCGGCGGUGCGGUGAUGCCGGGGGGGUCACCCGGCCGCGGCUCUGUCCCCUCCCUUUGGGGGCGAGCGGGCGGGACGGGAGCCCCGAGCCCCAGGGCAGCAGCCCCGGCCCCGCCGAGCCUGGGAGGGUCCCCGGGGGUCGUGGGAAGGUGGCCCGUGGCCACCUCGCAGCAGCGCGGCCCAGCCAGGUGUGGCACAGGUGUGUGCUGGGUGUGCCCAGGUGUGCUCCAGGUGUGCCCAGGUGUGCUCCGGGUGUGCCCAGAUGUACCCCAGCUGUGCUCAGGUGUACUCUGGGUGUACCGGGGUGUGCCCAGAUGUGCCCAGGUGUGCCCCAGGUGUACCCAGCUGUGCUCCAGGUACACCGAGGUGCAUCCAGGUGUACCCAGCUGUGCCCAGCUGUGCUCUAGGUGUACCCAGCUGUGCCCAGGUGCACUCCAGGUGUGCCCAGCUGUGCCCAGGUGUACUCAGGUGCGCCCAGGUGUGCUCCAGCUCUGUCCAGCUGUGCCCAGCUGUGCCCAGGUGUGUGUGUGUGUGUGUGCGUGUGCUCUGCGUGUGCAACACAAGAUCCAAUCACUCCUUUCGUUCUCUGUUUCGUCCGUGGGUUGAUUCUUUUGUUUGUUUGUUUGUUUUAAUUUCGAUUUCAAUUCCUUUUCUCUUCCUUUUCCCCCUUCCUCCGUUUUUUUUUCUUUCGUUAUUUUUUUUUCUUUUUUUUUGUAUCUCGAUCAUUUUUGUACAGAAGAAACGAGAGCCUUUUUUUUUGAAUAACAAAGAGGAAAACACACGCGAAAAAGAACAACAGAAAAAAAAAAAAAACACCAAACCAAAACAAAACAAAAAAAAGACCGAAAAAAUGAAAAAAAAAAGAAAAAAAAAAAUCACGAUGCAAUUUCUUUGGAUUGCAAAAAAAGCAACUCUUUACAUUUAAGUGAAGUGUCUUAACAUUUUAUAUUGUUUUAAAAAAUAUAUUUACAUAUUAUAUAUAUAUAAUAUACGUAAUAUAAAUCUAUAUAUAAAUAUUUAAAGAGGGGGGAAAAAAAAGAAAAAGAAAAAAAACACGCCAAAAAAAAAAGGAAAAAAAAAAAAACAAAGAAGAGAAGUAAAAUCACGUCCGGUAUUAUUUAGGGGGUGGAUUUGAAAUCCCUGCUUAGGUUUAGAGCUCCUCGUGGUUUCCAGAGCGGCUUCUUCGCUGAGUUCCCGCCCUCUUUCCUUGUCCCCAGCCCUGUCCCCAGGUCCCGGUGGCCCUGGGGACACGCGUCGCCCAGUGCCAGCAGCAAUAGCAGUCACUUGAUGCGUUUUUAAGGAAUUUCUUUGGAAUUAUUGUUCCUUUUCUCGGUACCAAAGUGAAUUCACUGUAGCAAAGCCGCAGCUUCUGGGGCCGGCCCGGGGGUGGCACCUGGCGCUGUCCCCUCCCCUGCACGGGGCUGCGUCACCUCGGGUCACCCUCGGGUCACCGCGUGUCACCCUCGGGUCACCCUCGGGGGGACGCGCUGACAGCCCCCCACCCCCCACUGCUGGAGGGUGUGGAGGUGACAAGUGCCACCCCCUUGGUGACACCCCCAGAAAUGUCACAGGGGGGUGACAAGUGCCACCCCUCUUUGGGGACAAGCACAUGGGGAGGUGACAAGUGCCACCCCCUUGGGGACACCCCCAAAAAUGUCAUGGGGAGGUGACAAGUGCCAUCCUCAUGGGGACACCCCCAGAAAUGUCACAGGGGAGUGACAAGUGCCACCCCCUUGGUGACACCCCCAAAAAUGUCACAGGGGGGUGACAAGUGCCACCCCCUUGGUGACACCCUCAAAAAUGACAUGGGGGGGUGACAAGUGCCACCCCCCUUUGGGGACACCCACAUGGGGAGGUGACAAGUGCCACCUCUAUGGGGAAACCCCCAGAAAUGUCAUGGGGGGGUGACAAAUGCCACCCCCCUUUGGGGACACCCACAUGGGGGGGUGACAAGUGCCACCCUCAAGGGGACACCCCCAAAAAGGUCAUGGAGGGGUUGUCCUUCGUGCAACCCUGGUGUCCCCGAGCUGUGACAGAUUUUGGGGGUGUCCCCUUUUUUCCCAGGCAGAGCAGGGGGGUGACAAGGGGUGGCAGCGCUGGCUGAGGGGGUGACAGCGCCAGGUGAGGGGGUGGCAGGCCCCGGCCUGUCCCCAAACACCCCCUCCACGUCCCCUUUUCCCGGCUGGUGUCCCCGUGAGCGUGCUGUCCCCGCGUGCGUGUGCGUCCGUCCCCUUCAUGGCAUCGUGCGAAUCCCUCGCUGAAGCAAGAAGACAAAAACCACCAAAAAAAAAGAAAAAAAAAAAAAUCAAAACUCAAAAUAAAAAAAAAAAAAACCAAAACGCGGUUCUGGUUCAGACCAGGUGGGGGAAAAAAAAAAAAAAAAGACAACAACAAAAAAAGAGGAAAAUGUGUAAAAACCAUGAAAAAAAGCCCAAAUCCAAGCGCUGCCUGCAUCGUGCAUGUGUCGGAGGCGCCCGCUGCAUGCGCUCCCUGCUUUACUCGUCUGGAUGUUGUUUCAAAAACAGGAAAAAAGAAAAAAAAAAAAAAAAAAGGCUACGACUCUGCAAAGGACAAAAAAAAAAAAAUUUAAAAAGAACAAACGGAGAAAAAAAAGCGAAAAAACCACAAAAAAAAAAAGAAAAACGACGAAUUUCUGGUUCUCUCUAGAGGCUGUUUUGGGGUUUCUACGCCGUCGUGUGUCUCUCUCUCUCUCUCUCUUUUCCGCAUGAAUUUUCUCGUGAACUGUUUUAAAAAGGAAAUAAAACCCACGAAAAAAGGAAAAAAAA